UUCACCUAAAACAAGCCCCCAGCUUCCACGUCAAUGUUAAUUUAGGGUUUAAGUCUUCUUCUAUAUAUCGUCGGGAAAUUGCUCUGUUUCUCAAUCCAGAAUCGAUCCUUGCAGCUCUGGCGGGCCUGGUGAGUCACUAUACGGUUUGUAUUAUCCGAAUCCGAGCUGAAUCAGAGACCUAAUUGAACAGAGGGAUCCAUUCGCACUCUCAUUUUGCUCCGAAAAGAUUGGAUUUUUAUAUUUCUGUGUGUGGAAAUUGAAACUUGUUGGGCUUGGAAUUGUCUGUCAUGCGAUCGUGGCCGAGUGCGAGUGCUUCGAAACAGUCUGGACAGAGGAACCGGAAGAAGCACAAGAGGCUUGAUGCCAUUAGUGAAGCAUUGUACAACAGUAACCAUCAGGGCAAUGGUGAUGGGGCCGGGCCGGGUCCCGGGAGCGGUGAAUCGGAGCUUAGGAGGAGCUCCAGGGCGCGGCGGGCCCCGGUUAUACUUGAUUUGUCGCCGGCGCCGCCGAAGAAGAGGAGGAGAGUUGGGAGGAAUGUGAAGGAGGAGGAGGAGGAGGAGGAGGAGGGAGGGUGGAAGUCGAGGCUGAGAGCGAGGAGGGGGAGGGAGGGGUUUAGGAAAGGGAAGAGGAAGCUUUUUGAGGAGGUGAGUGGAGGGAAGGGAGUGGGGAGUGAGGUGGAUGGUGAGAAUGAGGAGGGGGAGGAAGGUGGGAGGCCGAAGGUUGUGAAAUCGAAGCGGCCGGGGAGGGUUAGAGCGACGCAUGGCUCGGAGCAGGAAGAGAAUGAGGUGGUUGGAGUUCAGGAGGAAGUUGUGGAGGAGGAUGGAGAUGGUUUAGAGCAGAUGGACGGUGGAAAUGAGAGGGAAACUGCGGAGGGUGAUUCCGUGAAGGUAGAUGAGGUGGUGGAGAAUAUGCUGUUAGAGGAGGAGUGCAUUGGCAAUGAGGAAGUGGAAGCUGCACAAACUGCAGUUGGUGCGGAGACCAUGGAACCAGUUGAUCAACAGGUGGAGCAAUCAGUUGAUGUGAUUGAAGAAGAAAUUAAUGAUGUGAUUGUGGAUGAAAAUGAUGAUGUGAUGGGAGAAGAAAAUGAUAAACAGAUGGAGCAAGAACAGGUUACGUGUGUUGUUGAGGGAGAAGAUGAAAGUGUGGCCACAGAAGCUGUUGGAGUCCCAACAAAUGAAGAGGAAGUUGAAGGGUGUUGUGAUGGGAAGGAUUCACAUUUGACCAAGCAUGAUGGAACGCUUGCUAUAGAAGUGAAUAAUGUGAAGCUGAAUAUGCCCAAAGUUAAAAAGUCCUCACGGAUUAAGGAGGGCAGACGGUGUGGUUUGUGUGGUGGAGGGACUGACGGUGUGCCUCCAAAAAUAUUAUCUCAGGAUAUGAUUGACAUUGCCAAUGAAGCAUAUAGUGGCUCUUCAGCAUCUGAGAAGUUUGACUAUAACAUAUGGGAUGGUUUUGGUGAUGAGCCUGGCUGGCUUGGACGUCUCUUGGGUCCAAUAAAUGAUCGUUAUGGAAUUGCUGGAACAUGGGUUCAUCAACACUGUGCUGUUUGGAGUCCAGAGGUUUACUUUGCUGGUCUAGGAUGCUUAAAAAAUAUAAGGGCUGCACUAUACAGAGGAAGAGCGUUAAAAUGCACCCGGUGUGGAAGGCCUGGAGCGACUAUUGGAUGCCGUGUUGAUCGGUGUCCAAGAACUUACCACUUGCCUUGUGCACGAGCUAUGAAUUGCGUAUUUGAUCAUCGUAAAUUUCUUAUUGCCUGUACCGGUCAUAGGAAACUCUUCCAGCCUCUUGGUUAUCAGUACUUGGCCCACAAAAAGAAACUGAAGGUUAAGAAAAUGAAGUUGGAAAUCAAAAAGGUAUCAAAUGAUGCGUGGCGAAAGGAUAUCGAGGCAGAAGAAAAGUGGUUGGAGAAAUGUGGCGAUGAUGAAGAGUUUUUGAAACGGGAAAGCAAGAGGCUACAUCGAGAUUUAGUGAGAAUUGCACCUGUAUACAUUGGAGGCUCCAACUCAGAGGGUGGGCAACUGUUUCAGGGUUGGGAAUCUGUUGCAGGUCUUCAAAAUGUAAUUAGAUGCAUGAAGGAAGUUGUCAUAUUACCUCUUCUAUAUCCAGAGUUCUUUGAUAGUCUCAGCCUCACACCUCCUAGAGGUGUUCUUUUGCAUGGGUAUCCUGGAACAGGUAAAACUCUUGUCGUGCGGGCAUUAAUAGGCGCAUGUGCACAUGGUGAUAAACGAAUAGCAUAUUUUGCGCGUAAAGGUGCUGAUUGUUUAGGAAAAUAUGUUGGUGAUGCUGAGCGCCAACUAAGACUCUUGUUUCAGGUUGCUGAGAAAUGCCAGCCUUCUAUAAUAUUCUUUGAUGAGAUUGAUGGGUUGGCACCAUCUAGAACAAGGCAGCAAGACCAGACACAUAGUUCAGUUGUGUCAACACUGCUUGCUUUAAUGGAUGGUUUGAAAUCUCGAGGUUCGGUUGUAGUGAUAGGGGCUACAAAUCGUCCUGAUGCCAUUGAUCCAGCACUGAGACGGCCUGGAAGAUUUGACAGGGAAAUAUAUUUUCCACUACCGUCAGAAGAUGACAGAGCAUCCAUUCUUUCUGUUCAUACUCAAAAAUGGCCCAAACCCGUCAGCGGAUCUGUGCUUAAGUCGAUUGCAAAAGGAACUGCUGGAUUUGCUGGUGCAGAUCUGCAAGCACUUUGCACUCAAGCAGCCAUGAUCUCUUUGAAAAGGAACUUCCCUUUGCAUGAAGUUUUGUCUGCUGCUGGAAAGAAAGAUUUUGAGCCCAAACGCCUCCUUCUACCUUCCUUUGUAGUGGAGGACAAGGAUUGGUUGGAGGCUCUGACAUGUUCUCCACCUCCCUGCUCUCGUAGGGAAGUAGGAAUAGCUGCUAAUGAAGUAGUGUGCUCUCCUCUUCCAACCCAGCUUAUCCCAUGUCUUCUACAACCAUUAUCUACCAUGCUCGUAUCCCUUUAUCUUGAUGAACGCCUCUGGUUGCCGAAAUCUUUGAGAAGAGCUGCAACAAUGAUUGAAAGUGUGGUGGUUUCUGCCUUGAAUAGAAAAAAUAUGCUCAGUGAUCGUUGGUGGUCCCAUAUUGAUGUUUUACUUCAGGAAGCAGAUGUUGCAAAGGAUAUAGAGAGAAAGCUAUUAGACGUGGGAAUCUUGAAUGGAAAUACUGCUGUUGCUGAUACUGAAGUUUGCAAUUAUGAUGAUGUUGAUGACGGAAUUUUGAAUUCUGAGAUUUCUGUUGAGCACAAUGGUGGCACCCGCCCUACUUUGUUGCAAAACAGAUCAGAUGCCUCAACAUACAAACCAGGAUUUCGGAUACUGAUUGCUGGAAACUCGAGAUCUGGACAAAGGCAUCUUGCUUCCUGCCUUCUUCACUGCUUUGUUGGGAAUGUAGAAAUCCAGAAGGUUGAUUUGGCUACAGUUAUGCUAGAAGGACAUGGAGAUAUUGCCCAAGGGAUAACACAAAUUUUAAAGAAAUGUUCCAGCAUGGGGUCUUGUGUCAUUUUCAUGCCAAGAAUUGAUUUGUGGGCAGUGGAGACACCUAGUCAAGUAAUAGAAGAUAGUGAUGCAGAUGUAUCAAACCAUCAAUGCCCUGACAAUGAAAAGCAUCAACUUCCCGAGAAUCAGAAGUCCUAUUGUCCGCAUGGUCAAGUGAGUACAGAUGAAAGUGGGUCCUUAUCGCAGCAAUGCAAAUCAGAAGAAAUAUUGGAGUGCCAAAGUGAUGUUUCUCAGACUGCUUCACAUGCUUGGAACUUGUUUGUGGAGCAAGUGGAGUCUCUAAGUGUCUCUUCAUCUUUUAUGAUUCUGGCUACAUCAGAAGUUCCAUGUCCAGUGCUUCCAGUCAGAAUAAGGCAAUUCUUUAAGAGUGACCUUUUAAAUGGCCAUCGGUCAGUUCCUGUGAAACAUACUGUUCCCAGAUUUUCUGUUCAGGUUGAUGGAAAUUUCGACCAUGAUUUGGUGAUCAAUUCAUCUUCAGCACAGUUAUCAAGGGAUCUAGUUCAACAGAUUGUUCUAUUAGUUCAUCAAACAUCUCACAUUCAUACAACUUCAUGUAAGGACAGAGACUUGCAUGUUACAAGUGGUCAGUCUGAGAUGGCUGAUCACAGUGCACAUCCUGGAUCAGCUGAUGCAAACAACGAUAUAACUUUCUCUCCUGUUGAAUCUCAUCUUAAAGCUCCUCCACCACCUAGCAAUCCUAUUGGAAAUGGGAAGUCAAGCCUUCUGCUAGCAAUAUCUUCAUUUGGCUAUCAGAUACUGCGAUAUCCUCAUUUUGCUGAACUUUGUUGGUUCACUUCAAAACUUAAAGAAGGUCCUUCUGCAGACGUAAGUGGACCAUGGAAGGGUUGGCCAUUCAAUUCAUGUAUAGUUCGUCCUAGCAACUCGCUAGAAAUGGUAGCUUUGGCAAAGAAAUCUAAAAGCAAAGAAAAUUCCAGCCUAGUUAGAGGCCUGAUUGCUGUUGGUUUAUCGGCAUAUCGAGGUUUCUACACAUCACUCAGAGAAGUGUCUUCUGAGGUGCGGAAGGUUCUUGAGAUUCUAGUUGCACAGAUCAAUGCAAAAGUUCAAGCCGGCAAAGAUAGAUAUCAAUAUGUUCGCCUUUUGUCACAAGUAGCCUAUCUGGAAGAUGUGGUUAAUAGCUGGGCAUACACCUUGCAGAGUUUAGAGCAGGACGGUCCAAUGAAAUUGGCAAAUUCUAAGCUAAUCACUGUGAGACCUCCAGACGAUAACCCUAUGAAUAAUCAAGUUUGGAGUGAGGAUUAUGAGCCACAAGAUUCAAGAAAAUGCUCCGAUGAGCAUGAAGUGCUGGAAGUUUGCCCUGAAGGGUUUGAUGCUGAAAAAAUUGUCAGCAUUGACAUGAAUGAAGAGGUUGCUGAUUUGGGUUCUGAGGGUAGACUUGCAAGUUUUGAUUCUUCUGGACAGAAGAUUGUCCUACCAGAUUCUGCCCUGGAUGCAUCUCUUCAAGAUUCUGCUGAAAUUAUGAAUGACAAAAAUGGGACACACCCUAAACCCCAUGAGUCAGAUCACACAGUUGUUACAGUAGAUUCUGAAUCUUGGAAACGUCCAAAUGGAUUUAAAUGCACGGAAUCUGAUGUCAUGCUCGAGGAUAGCCCAACUACUGAUAUAUUUGGCAGUGUGAAGCUUUCUAGUUCUGUGGCCAGUUGCAACAACCUUAAUGGUUUGUCCCCAGUGGAGGCUCAUAGCCGUCAUGAUGAUGGUAAGCCUGAGGCUGAUGGGGUUCAUGCAGAUGUCAGCUUCUCAAGCAUCACCAGUUUGCCAGAGUGCUUAGAUAAGCCUGAUGCAAACUUGGCAAGUGAAACCAAUCUCUCUGAAGGCCUAGAUAAGGCCAAUGCCGAUGAGCAUAAGGUUGAUGUCAGCUUCUCAAACAUCACUUGUUUGCCCAAGUGCCUAGAUAAGCCUGAUGAAAACCUUUCAAGUAAGGACAAUCUCCCUGAGUGCGUAGCAAAGACCAAUGCUGAUGAGCAUGAUGUUGAUGUCAACUUCUCUCCCAAAAGCAGUCCCUCUACGAAUUCUGGGUUUGUAUGCGGAUAUCAUUGUUGCUCUGAAUGCCUAGAUACCCUUCACAGUUUGACAAAGAAAAUUCUCAUCGAGAAAUGGCGAUCAAAUGGGAGCCAAUGGACAGUAGAGGAUGUCCAUGAUAUUGUGGCAUCACUGUCUGUGGAUCUUCUUUCAGCAGUUGGAAAAAUUCAGGUUUCAGGAGGUUUUAGCAAUUCAUGUGAUAAGAAAAGGAGACACAGAAAUACUGAGACAUCUGAGUUGCCGGAAUCAGGAACAUGUCAUUGCAAUAUAUCAGGAAAUAAGAUUCUUUCACCAGUGGAAUGUAUAUGUCACCCCAGCAAGGAGAGCUUUACUCGUAAGGCGAAUGCUCCUGCGAAUAGUCAUCUCAGGUUUGGUUCAAAAUUUGUUUUUCGUGAUGGUGUGCUCGUUCAUAUGCAUCUAGACAAAGACGUUUCUUACCACUGUAAAUUCGAGACUCUCUGCCUCUGUUCACUUAUACAGUUGAUAGUAAUGACCAAACCACCUUUUCAUUGACCUGAUGAGAUUUCACAGCUUGGAUUUGUCUAACCAUGGCAAAAUUUUGUGCUGUUGCGGAAUUUGGACGUGAACAUUUUACCAAGUCAUUUAACAGGAAAAAAUUCAUAUUUAUUUUUUAUUACGUUUUCCUGAUCCUUCUUAAGUUGUGACCUCGCACACCUUGUAUAGCAUCUUGACACUAUUCUUUCAUUCAUUAUUCCAUAAGCAAUGUUACUGUUA